AUGGUUUCAGACAUGAGAAUCCUUUCCUUAGUUGUUGCUGGGCUCAUUCUUCUUGUUCAACUUCACCCAGACAGUGCCUCGUUCUACAGACAGCAUCUCUGUUCAAAGCUGGAUGGUCACUGUGCGAUUGACUGCCUUACCUUUGAAGAAAAGAUCGGGGGCUGUCGGGCUGACUUAACACCGCUGUGCUGCAGAAAAAGAAAGAAACACUGAAUUCUCAACACCAACUCCCAGGGUUGAAUUCUCAACACCAUCUCCCAGGCAGAAUCUCCCAACAAAGCUCUCUGGACUUUCUCGACACUAUGUCCUGUAAAUCCUAUACACUCUGUUUCUGGCAAGAAGAAAAAGAAAAAAAGAAAAAGAAAAAGAAAGUCUAUGGGCUCUUUUAUUGGCUGAUCAAAGUAAGAAAACAUGUAAAAACAGGAAAAGAUGGAAGCCCAACUGAUUUCUCUAGUUCUCUCCCUAGCUUUAAGCAGAUCUUUGACAAUGGGUCUUUCUUCUCCCCCAGUGUCUGAUAGAUGUGAUUAGAGGGAACUUGACCCUCGCAGUAAAUGGCUACUUGCAAGACACCAAUAGCUUCAGCUGUAGCCCUGUCAAGUGUUGCGAGGCAUUGUUUAGGCUGCCUUCCAUAUGCUGUGUGGCCUAGAACACGGCGUUCCAUAGAGAGUGGAGCUCACAUCAAAAUUCAGGUUGGCUGUAGAGUAGAUAUGUUUCACCCAGGCCACGUAUAGAGAACUUACAACACAGCCCAUGCAGACAGCUUAGUUCUCAGAAGUCAUGAGCACAGUGUCUCACUACAGAUGAGCCCGCCUUCAGUUUCUGACUUGCUACAUUCAUAACACAGACGUCUGGCUUUUGUGUCUCAUGUCCUUAGCAUGCCCGGUAAAUAGUGUUCUGUGUGGGGAUGGGACAAGGAAGGCCGCUCACAAAGGUGGGACAUGUCUUAGGAGGAAAUGUGGUCAGCUGAGUGGAAGAACAGGUUAAAACAAUCUGCUGAGAAAGAAAGCUCAGGCCGCUGGUGAGCCCGCGCUCCAUCACACACACACACACACACACACACACACACACACACACAAGAUAGCACGCUCCGGC